ACAAAUUUCACCAAUCACCAAUUACCAAUUUGCAAUAAUGUCCCCACUCUCUUCCAACACUUAGCCUUGAUAUAAUAUGUUAUUGUCUUUCUCAUAAACCUCUUAAUUCUUCCCUCUCAAAUAACAAAUUCAUGGAUCCCAUCUACCAACUCUCCCUUUCUAUUCUCUCCAUAAUCAUUGCUUAUAGACUCUUCAAAAAGCUUACCAUUAGACUACCACCGGGGCCACGUCCAUGGCCUAUCAUAGGUAAUCUCUACGAUAUCAAGCCGGACAAGUUCAAAUGCUUUACAAGAUGGGCCCGACAUUAUGGACCCAUCUUUUCAGUUUGGUUUGGGUCGAGUUUGAAUGUUAUUAUAUCAAAUUCGGAGUUGGCUAGGGAAGUUUUUAAGGAGAAUGAUCAACAACUAGCGGAUAGAUAUAGGAGUAGGUCUAUUGCCAAGUUAAGCAAGAAUGGUAAAGGUCUUUUGUGGGCAGAUUAUGAGCCACAUUAUGUUAAGAUCAAAAAUAUUUGUAUGGUUGAGCUUUUCUCUCCAAAAAGGCUUGAGGCCCUUAGACCUAUUAGAGAAGAUGAGGUCAAUGCCAUGGUUGAAUCCAUUUUCAAAGACUAUUGCACCAAUCCUGAGAACAGGAGCAAAAGCUUGUUAGUGAAGAAAUAUUUAGAGGCAGCAACAUUCAACAAUAUAACAAGGCUAGUGUUUAGGAAGAGAUUCGAAGACGCCGAUGGUGGUAUGAGUGAGCAAGGAUUGGAAAUAAAAGCCACAUUGGCGAAUAGACUGAAGCUCAGUGAGUCGGAGUCUAAGGUCAAGUGGGAGCAAAUUCGAUGGCUUCGUUGGUUGUUCCCCUUAGACAGCAAGGCAUUUGCUAAGCAUGGAGCUCGAAUGGAUGCGCUUACAACGCAAAUUAUGAAAGAGCAUAGUCUUACUUACCAAAAGAGUGGUGAAACGGCCAAGCAAAACUUCAUUGAUGCUUUAUUUAACUUGCAAGAGGAGUAUGAGCUUAGUGAUGAUACCAUCACUACCCUUCUUUGGGACAUGGUUAUUAUGGGUAUGGAUACUAUUGCUAUAUCGGUAGAAUGGGCUAUAGCGGAGCUCAUCAAGAACCCAAGAAUUCAAAAGAAGGCCCAAAUUGAGAUGGAUCUUGUGACUGGAUCAGACCGAAUUAUAACCGAAUGGGACUUCUCAAAUUUACCAUAUUUGAGAUGCAUAGCCAAGGAAGCACUAAGGCUACACCCUCCAACGUCCUUUCUCCUUCCUCAUAGGGCCAAAGCCCAUGUUAAGAUUGCGGGCUACGACAUUCCUAAAGGCUCGAAUGUCCAUGUUAAUAUUUGGGCCAUUGCUCGCGAUCCAUUAGUUUGGAAAAGCCCAUUAGAAUUUCGACCCGAAAGGUUCAUGGAAGAGGAUGUUGAUAUGAAGGGCCAUGAUUUUAGACUAUUACCAUUUGGUGCUGGAAGAAGGGUUUGCCCAGGAGCUCAAUUUGGGCUGAAUUUGAUUACUUCUAUGUUGGGCCAUUUAGUCCACCAUUUUAGUUGGACUCCGGCUGAUGGGCUUAUGCCUGAGGAUAUUGAUAUGGAAGAGAGUAUAGGCCUAGUGGCCCAAAUGCAAACCCCACUGCAAGCAAUUGUUUCUCCAAGAUUACCUGACCAUUUGUAUAAAAGAGUUGUUAUAGACUUGUAACUUUUUUCUUUUAAUUAAUAAAUGCAAGGUAAAAUACAUUAGGUGUCCCUUUACCUGUGGGGUGACCUAAAUAGUCAACAUUUACAAUAGAGGGGUCAAAUUCUUAUUACAAUCAAUUUACACAUUUUUAAAUCUACAAGAUGACCAACAUUAGAUAUCUAGUUCAUGUGUAUUAAAAUGUAUAUCUUUACAUAACUGCAACUUGUUUUUAGUUUUUGUUUUGUUUACUCAAAAUGAGCUUGUAACAGAAUACGAGUUGUUUAUGUUAGAAGUUCUUGUUGAAAGUGCAAAAGAAAAGAGUGGAAAAAGUGAGAAGGUGAAAAAUCCCACAUUAAUAAAAU